UGCCAAGUCCAGCGUUGUUUUUCUGGGACGGGGGGAACUGCGACUGCGCUGGGGCAGCAUCUCUCCAGCUCUUCGAAGAGGACGAAAGCCACGGUUGACUGGAUCAGCCCAGGGUUCGGAGAGAUGUGAGCCGCAGCUGCUUGUUUCGGUGAUCUCUGGAGGAGCGAAGAGGAUGUCAAAGGGCAAGCUUUUGCAAGACCACACGCAAAGGACAACAGAGUUGAAUGUGAUGAAUUAAGUCAAGACUACUUUGUCCCAUGCACUGUACAAUCGAAUGUUGGGUGGUGAUGAUGCUCUUUAAAAGUUAUUUUCCAACGACUCUUGGAAUGAAAUCGAAUCCACAGCUCGAAACUUGUCCUGGAACCCUGCCGUGGCCAACGAACACAUCAUGUGGCCCAAUGGGGGAUAGAGCGGCAAACUGCACCGCCCAUGUUCGCGGUGGGCGUUGUGCUGUUGGUGCUCUCUCCCAGCGCUGCUCGCAGCCCCGUUGCGGAGCUUCCACUGCGCUUGACGGGUGACUGGGAGAUCCCGAGAGGGGACAAGUGCAUCGCAGAAGAUGGUAGAGCAGUAGAGUUCAAGCAGUGCUGCGACUUCCGUUUCGUUUUGCGGCAUGUGUGGCGAAUGAUUGGACAGAAGGGUGAGCUGGAAGUGGCACACGCGGGCUGCCUUGACAGGACAUACUGGCAGUGCUGCCAGGUGAAUGACAACCACGAUGAAGGCGGCCUGCCCUGGUACAACAAGGGCGUGCUAUACAUUCGGGUUCGUUCCAGGAGGUCUGGCAGAAACUACCAUAUCAAAUUACUUCAAGGCUCUGCACUGAACUGGUGGGGUGAGACCCUGGCAGAGCAUGCUGGUAAGCCAAAGCUCAGUCGAAGCUUUCCGCGCUUCGACAUUUCCAUUAACACAGGCGCUGGCUUGCUGUGGCCUUCGGGUUAUGCGCUGGCACAGGUGCUGGCGGAGCUCAGUGAAGAAGAGAAUCUCAAUGAAGCUAUGACAUUUUUGGAUGUGGGCGCUGGAACCGGCUUGGCCUCUAUGGUGGCUUUGCUUCGUGGCUGGCGAGUACUCAGCACUGAUCUCUUGGCAGAAAGUCAUCGCCAGCGCGUGCUGAGUGCGACGGCCACCUUCGGGAAUGGGACGGCGGGUCGCUUUCGCACGGGAGAGCUGGACAUUUUCAACCCGGACACGUGGCCGGCGGCAACCUUUCAGGUGAUUGGUGCGACUCUUUUUCGAAGCUUUGAGGAUCUUCAUCAUCUGGCCUUCAGGCGAUUGGUGUCGAAGUGCUUGGCUCCACGAGGCGUGGCGCUUUACACCUUCAACUUCCCGGAGUAUCUCACACAAGAGGUGAAGGAGAUGAUGCCCAGAUUUCUGGGCCUCGGGGAGGACAAGCUGGAAGGAUCGCUCCUCCGGCAGGAAGGCCCUCGCUGGGUGCCCAUUGAGGACCUGGACGAGAUCCGGUCAGCUCUUUACUUGGUGGCCUUUCGACACGCAACCGCCUGAACAUGAUCGACUGCCACCCGUGGAGCUUCACCGCCGGUACCGGUUUUCACCGGCCCGACGUGAAGCGACCAGCGACGUGCAGAACCGGCUUCACCGUACGGGUCCUUCAGGACGAUUCGGCGGGGUCCGAUGCGGCUGUCCGCUGUUGACGUGGCCGGCCCUACCACGGCGCUGUGGGUGGAAGCCAAAGCGGACCAAAAUGGGGAGGGAGGAAGCGGAACUCGGAGCGCCUCCGUCCGUGAGCGGCUUGGUUUCAGGAAAGGCUGAACAACAC